UCUGAUGUUUUGAGGAAUGGUUAUGACUGUGUGAGUGUGUGUAUGCUGUGUGUGACAGGCUGUGUGUGACAUGGUGACCGACGGCGGAGGCUGGACGGUGUUCCAGCACCGGCUGGAUGGCUCUGAGUCGUUUAACCGCACCUGGGCUGAGUACCGGCAGGGCUUCGGACGGCCCCAGGGGGAACACUGGCUGGGCAACGGCGCGCUGCACGCACUCACGGCCAACGGGAGACACACACUCCGCAUCCACUUGCAGGACUGGCACAAACACACACGCCAUGCCACCUACAGCACCUUCAAAGUGGCGUCUGAGGCACAGAGGUUCCGCCUGACAGCUAAGGGCUACAGCGGGGACGCAGGCAACGCUCUGAGCUACAGUAAGCGCUACAACCAUGACGGUCGAGCGUUCAGCACCUACGACCGCGACCACGACCGCUACGCAGCCGGCAACUGUGCCCGUUAUUACGGCGCCGGGUGGUGGUUUGAUGCGUGCCUGGCCGCCAACCUCAAUGGACGCUACUACCACGGACGUUACAGCGGGCUUACCGAUGGCAUCUACUGGGGCAGUUGGUACAUCCUCACCGACGCCCGCUCUGGGGAGAGAUACUCAUUCAAGAGUGUGCAGAUGAUGACUAGACCUAGACUAGCAUAAUACUGAAGCAUAGAUAUUACUCCUCAUAUGCAAGUGGUAUUUUAAGUCUAU